UAAACGGUGAAUAUGAUUCCAUCAGUGACAGAAUUUUACGAAGGGAAACGCGUCUUAAUCACUGGAGCUACUGGAUUUCUUGGGAAGGCACUAGUAGAAAAAUUACUGAGAGCCUGUCCCGGUAUCCACACAAUUUAUCUCUUGAUGAGGGAGAAGAAAGGCGUAAGUGGAGAAGAGAGGUUGAAGGCACUCUGUAACAAUAGGAUAUUUGAACAUCUUCGAGAGAAGGAUCCAGAUGUCUUCAAUAAACUGAAGCUGGUCUCUGGAGAUAUCCUGGAAGAUGAGCUGGGUAUCUCCAACGAUGACCGCCAGGAGUUGCAGCAGCAUUGCAACAUCGUUUUCCAUAGCGCUGCUUGCGUAAGAUUUGACCAGAAAUUGAAAGAUGCUGUCGACAUGAACACAACGGGUACGCUACGUGUUCUAAAAUUAGCUGAAACAAUGGAAAAUCUUAAGGCAUUUGUCCAUCUCUCCACUGCAUAUUGUCGUUGUGAAUUGAGCGUGUUGGAGGAAAAAUUAUACCCCGCUGUUCAUAAUCCUGAGAAAAUUAUCGAUCUAGUGGAGUGGCUUGAUGAUAAUACACUGGAAUAUUUGGAGCCGAAACUAAUUUCGUCCGAACCCAACACUUACUCCUACACAAAGGCAAUAACCGAAGAUCUAGUGGCUGAGUACAGCUCCAAGUUUCCUAUCGCUAUUGGAAGACCAUCUAUUGUUACUGCAGCUUGGAAAGAACCAAUGCCAGGCUGGGUCGAUAACAAGAAUGGACCGACAGGACUUAUCAUUGGUAGUGGAAAAGGUGUGAUUCGAACAAUGCACUGCGAGCCAUCAUACCAAGCGGACGCCAUUCCCGUCGAUGUCGUAGUCAACGGAUGUAUUCUUAUAGCUUACGUCACAGCUUUGGAUAAGCCAAAAGAUGUACGCAUUUUCAAUAUCACACUAUCCGGAGUCCAGAAGAUAACGUGGCGAGAAGUUAUUGAGUUAGGUGAGAAAUGGGUCAACACCUACCCUUACACAGUCGCGUUGUGGUACCCUGGCGGCACCAUCAAGUCGUACUGGUUCACUCAUCAACUGACUGUGAUCUUUGUUCAUCUUCUACCAGCGUACUUUGUAGAUCUGUUGCUGUUCUUAUUGGGGCGAAAAACUUUCAUGGUCAAUUUACAUAAAAGAAUCAGCCACGGCCUUAACAUCCUUCAGUACUACACCACUAAGGAAUGGCACUUCAAGAACAAUAACUUCCUAUCCUUACAGAAGAGAAUUACAGAAGCAGAAAACGAGGUUUUCUUCACAGAUGUUUCUAAGCUGAAUCGAGAUGAAUAUUUAAGGGAUUAUGUUAUUGGAACAAGACAUUAUGUUUGUAACGAGGAUCCAGCAAGUCUACCGAGAGCUAGGAAACUUCAUAGAAUACGCUACUGGGUAGACAUCGUUACAAAGAUACUCUUCUGUUCCCUAUUGUUAUGGGUAUUGUAUUCUAAAUGUGGUGUCAUCGACAUUCUUGAUAAUAUUUAUAAUUAUUUUUAUAAUUAUGUAAUGGAUAAUAGGGUUGACAGUAAAAUUGAGUAG